AUGGCCGAAACAACCUCCUCUUCCUCUAUCACGACCGCGCUCGAAACGCGACUGCCAGAGUCGUUCUGGCAGCAUAGACAGCGAUCGACGACCGAACAGUCUGACAGUGAGGAAAAUACUAGUAGCAGCAGCAGCAGGGGACAUCUUCAGCCGCCGCGUCAGUCGCCCAAGUCGCGUUCUUUGUCGGAUGCUGCGAAACACGCUUCGUCGCUGCAACCUCCAGCAGUGCGAGAGCUCUCGCAGUCCAGCAAAGACGAUACUGCCGCCUCCAACACCAAUAACCCAGCGACUCCGCAGAAGUCUCAUCCUUCUCAUCCCUCCUUACAAGGCCUCUCUCUCCAUCUUCCUCCGCGACCGUUUGCGACCAACAGUCCCAGCAUCAGCCGUGCUCCCCUCUCGCCGAAACUGGACGCCCCCCAGAUCUACGGAUCACCUGCCUCUGUGCUGCCCCGUCGCUCGCGAGGCCUUGAUUUCUCACGCGCCUGUACCAACCUGCACCAUUCCACCCUCGCUGAGUCCUCGCCGGACUCAUCUCCGACCAUCGGCAGCCGCGGAGUGAAUAUUCCCCAGCGACGGGGGACAGGCGCGUCUGGGCUUAAUUCUCCCAGCACGGCCUUUGGCCAGAACUUUUCUGGUUCUGGUACAGCCGACCGGACAGCCAUGUCCAGCUCCGUGUCGAGUGUCAACAUGCUGGAGUCCGACACGAGCAGCAGCGAAGAGGACGACGACGAUGAUCCGAUGAAUGGCGAUCGGGAUGAUGCGAUGAUUACGGCCACGCCCCUGGUGAAUAAAGUUGCAGGUGGCAGCGCGUCCAAUCCGUUUGGAGCACCGCUCGUGCAGAGUCCGGGAAGUGACUGGAUGGGGGUGAAUUCACCUACUGCGGCCAAUUUGCUGAGUUUCCGACGGGCACGGUUCCGGAGCGGCCGCAAGAGUCGACACAGCUCCAGCAGCGCCAGUGGGAAUAGCUCCAAGCCCAGCCCGGGACCCUUGUCCCCGCCGGUGCUCAAGAGUAUCGAGACGUCCAACGGGGGGUAUUUUGCCCGCGAGAUGUCCAAGGCCGCGGUUCAUUCACGACGCGAGAGUCUGAGCCUAGGCACCAGAGACCUUCAUCUGUCGGAUCUCAGCGACGAUGGCGAUAGUCGGGCCACACCGGGCGACAGCCCGGCAGGCGUUGAGGGUGGACCCCGUGGGGUUAUUAGACGGGCUGUGACUAGGCGAGGCAAUCUUCUGCCUAAACCGAAGAAUUUCGCUCGGAUCCGUGCCGCAUUGAUGGAGGAGAGUGCACCAUUGGAGAGCGAGGCCAAGCGAGAGGCCGAAGUCAUCCGUCAAGUCCGCGAGAGCGACCCGACUAUCCAGUCCAAGUCCCCAACCUUCCCCAUUGACAAGUUACAUAAUCUUAAUCCGACAACAGGGUCAGACGGGGCAUCAAAUGCUACGGUCUCCGACACCAGCUUCCGGAAUCAGGCCAACCGCAACUCGGGCGGCGUGGCGUUUUGGAAUUCAUUCGAUGACCGGUAUCGCACACCUCCACCCCCGGCCGGCAUGGCAGGACCGUCUUCCGCGCAGGGUGAGGACACGACGAUGGAGACGCCCCAGUCGACCGUGUUUGACUCCACCGUGGAAGGGGAGCUGUCCAAGUCUGACGCCCCGCAAGCAGCCAACCCGGUCGAGCUACGUCGCAAGCGGCGACGAGACGACGACCUGGAUCCCGAGUCCUUCAAGCGCCGGGCGGUGUCGCCGGGGAUGAGCGUGCAGAGCAGUCCAGUUCUGGCGCACUCGCCGGUUGUCAAGGACGCCAACGCGUGGGUGGUUCCGCCGAAGUCGACGCCUGCCCUGGAGACAGGCAGCAGCGGGCACUUGAGCGGGAAACGGGUUGGCCUGCAGGGGAUGAACGAGACGAAUGACGGGCUGAUGAAUAUGAGCAUCGAGCAAGGAGUUGGAGGAAUAGGGUUUCAAUCUGAUUCAAGGCGUUUUCGUGGUAUCCUGUUCGUUGCAUUACAGCAGUGCCCUUUUCUUAUUAAAACAAGAGGUUUUAGAGAUUACUGUAGAAUAAUCAAGAUCGACGAGUUCUGUUAUAUAUUUUCCUUAAAAGGGUUGUUGUCUUCAACCCUAGAUGAUGUAAUGCAGUUGACACUGCGGGGACGUCCCUGUCCCGCCAUCGCUGACCGCCUUUACCGGAGUCAACAUGAACACGCCGACAACAAUCCAGCCCGCGAAGGAAAUCAGUCCACGUUCUCCGGCUGGGGCUCUCGUUGGGUGCCUCUCUUCUUGUCCCAAUUUUCCUUCCUCUCGACCGUCGAGAUCGCGUCCUCGUUCAUCGAAGGCGCUCCACCGGGGGAGCUCGCAGAUGUCGUUUCUGACAUCAAAGCCCUUACGUCUGACGGCCCCGAUAUCCUGCCUUCUCUCCGGCCUGCCUUUGAGCGGUACAACGAGAAGCAGCUGGCCACGGUGAAGUUGCCUGGCGGCAGCCAAGAGGUGAAACACCCGCUGCCGACGUGCAUGAAAGCCUCUGCGGUGCAAUCGUAUCCUCUGGAGUCUCAGAAUGCCGAUUUGGUGAAAUCCCUCCUCAAAUCGUUUUCCGCCCAUGCGCGCGAACACUACCCCAGCUGCUCCUACGGUGUCUACCCGAUCGAGAACGACACUGCCGUGGCCGUCGUUCUGGUGGCUAACCGAUACUCUCCGAAUAACUUCUGGAACGGUCGCUACCGCGCGAUUUAUCAGGUUCCAGUCUCGUCGUCGUCCACGACGGUCACGGGCAACAUCUACGUCGACGUGCACUACUACGAGGAUGGCAACGUCGCGCUGAGCACGAACAAGCCCAUUUCCCUCUCUGUGCCCUCGCUUUCCGCGGAGGCGGUGAUUUCCAAAAUCGCCGCGGCGGAACGCGACUACCAGGAGGAGCUGAACCGGGCGUUCAGCCGGCUGGCCGAGGGGGCGUUCAAGGCGCUGCGACGACAGCUGCCGAUCACGCGGCAGAAGGUGGAAUGGGAGAAGCUUGCUGGUCAGGUUGAUCGGGUCAGAAUCAUGCAGGAAUGCUACAGUAAUUAUGAAUAA